GCCCGCACGCGCAGACUGCGGGUAGGAGGUCGGUUGCGGAGGGGAGACCUUCGCCCAGAGGGGGAACUUUCUCCACACGCGCGCGCGCGCACACACACACUUCAGUUUUCCAGGUGCGCAGGCGCGCAGGAGGAAGCCGUUGCUCCGGGCGACCUGGCGGCCGGCCUUCUCCUCAGGAAAAGCUGAGGGGAGGGAGGAUGUGGCGGCGGCGGCGGCGGAUCCCGGCGUCGCCCGCCAGGCGCUGAGAGGGGGAGAGCGCGCGAGAAAAAAGGCCCAUGGCGGAGUUCCUGCCGGUGCCCGGGCUGUUCCUGCGGGAGGAGCCGCUUCCCGGGCCGGAUGCGUCCGAGACGGAGGCCGAGCUGUCCCUCAGCCUGGCGCGCACCAAGACCCGCUCGUACGGCAGCACGGCCACCGUGGCGGCGCCGCUGGCCGAGCGCUACGUGGAGCACCGCAUCAGCGCCUGCGACACCCUGCAAGGCAUCGCGCUCAAGUACGGCGUGACGGUAGGUGAUGGCCGCGCUUGGCUGGGCCGGCAGGGUCGCUGGCGUCCUUGCUAUAGGUAUGGGUAAGAGGACGCGGGUUGAGGGGGGGGGGAGCGCCUGAACAUGUGCAGAGUGCCGUCUUCUUCUGGGGCCUCCCACCACCAGAGUGGAAGAAUUGCGGGAUUGAUAUGCGAAAGCGAGCGGCCCCCCUUUAUCUGAAGCAUGUGCAGAGUGCUUCCCCCCCGCCACGUUCUCAGUGACUCCAACUGGAUUCUCAUUCGUAUGUGAGUGUUAGGAAGAGUACGCUUAGAAGCGUAGAAUUGUAGAGUCGGAAGGAACCCCAAGGGUCAUCUAGUCCAACCCCCUGCAAUGCAGGAAUCUAAAGCAUCCAUGACGGAUGGCCAUCCAACCUCUGCUUAAAAACUUCCAAUGAAGCAGAGUUCACAACCUCCCGAGGGAGACCAUUCCACGGUCGAACCACUGUCAGAAAGUUCUUCCUGGUGUUUAGUGCUUCUUGUAACUUGAAGCCAUUGGUUCGAGUCUUGGUCCCUAGAUCCUUUUCACAUGUACAGUGGUACCUCGGGUUAAGUGCUUAAUUCGUUCUGGAGGUUCGUUCUUAACCUGAAACUGUUCUUAACCUGAAGCACCACUUCAGCUAAUGGGGCUUCCUACGAUUUCUGUUCUCAUCCUGAAGCAAAGUUCUUAACCCGAGGUACUAUUUCUGGGUUAGUGGAGUCUGUAACCUGAAGCGUAUGUAACCCGAGGUGCCACUGUAUUGCUAGUAAGCCAGAUUGCCCCACCCCCCAUUUUAUAUUUGUGCAGAGAGGGCCUUCCUCCUCUUCAAACUAAUUAUAGAUAGAUCCCCAGACAUCUGUGACUGAUGUAGUCUAUGAACAUGUACAGAAGGCUUUUCUCCCCCUGCCCUUUGGCUCUGCUGGUCCCUCAGGCACCUGUGCUUGAUAUGAAGAGAUUGCUUCUCUUUGUGGGUGUGCUGAGCCCCAGGCAUCUGUGAUUGACAGAAGAAUGUUUGUCUGAGCAUGUACAGAGGGCCUAUCGUCUCCCCUCCCAAUAACUAUCAGCCCCUUAGGCAUUUGAGAUUGAUAUGUGGACAAUACUUGUGCAACAGGUAUGCAGCCCAGUAACCCAAGUCAGCUUUUUGGGUCUCUGUGAGUGAUAAGAAGUAAGUAUGUACAGAGGGCCUGCCCUCUUCUUCCCCUGCAUUAAUUACAGAUAGCUCCUGAGGCAUCUGUGACAGAUAAAAGGAGAACAAUUCACUCUGAAUAUGUGUAGAGGGGAUCCCACUACAAAUUGCCCCUCAGACAUCUGUGAUUGAUGUGAGAAAAAUGCUUUCCUCUGAAUCUGUGCGGUGUCGUCAUGUCCCGUCCCCCCCACAUGGAUAUCUGUAGAUGGCACCUCAGAUGUUGAGCUGGAUGAACUUCUAGAAUCUAGACAGGUGUGCUUGGAACUCCAGCACACCUGUCUUUAGCACUAAAGUUGUAAGAACGCAGGGAAGUGCCUUAUGCUGAUUUAGUGCAUUGGUCCAUCUAUGCUCAGUAAUCUCUACUGUGACAGUUCUCCAGGAUUUCAGGCAGGAGCUUUUUCCAGCUCUACCUGAAGAUGCCUGGGAUUGAACCCGGGACCUUCUGAACGCAAUGCAGAUUCUCUACACUGCACUACUGCCCUCCCCCAAAGACAUAAUUGGGCAGCAGACAAAAUGUCAGUGUUUCAUGUGUAGCUGCCCUGCUGUGGUCACCUUUCAGCAUGAAGAGAGUAUCUUCACCAUCAUAAGAGGUACUACAGCCAGCACCUUAGGCACUGGUUAGGGACUUUCAGAGAUACUUGAGCUCCAGCACCUCUAGUUUUAAAAACAAAGACAUGGUCAGGUAUGUUGCCCUGUGUAAAGAAAGUUUUCUUGGAGGAUUCUGUGUGUAGCAGGAGAGGUGAUGUUUGUUACACAACUGUUGUACUUCCCCAACCUUACUGAACUGUGAUUCAGUUUGUUGACUUGGCUGCAUGUCUUCCCUUUAGUAUGAAUUAUUUAAAGAUUCACCCAGAUACAAAAGAAGGUGAAGUGGUUGUUGUGUGUGACAAUACAUUUUAGAAGCAAUAUCUCAGAGAAGCAACAAACAAGUGUUUCCCAACCUUUUCCCGACAGUGGCUCCCUUCCGACCUUGUUUCCUUCCUGUGGCCCCCCCAUGGGCAUGGGCAGGGGGGCAGCUUCCCCCCAAAAGUAAAAAUCAAUACAAAUCAGUACAAAUAUGAGGUUCUGUUCCCCCCAAGAAAAGCUUGCCCCCCCCAACAAAAAUCUUGGCUACGCUCAUGCCCCCCCAACCAACUGGUAGAAAGGUAGCUAUUUAAAUGUUUUGUUUGUAAAUAGAACAUGUUUUAUUUAUAAUUUUUUAUAAUUUAUACAAAAUACAAUUACAUAAAAUGAUAGGAACAUAAUGAAAUAUUGUUGAAGCAGAAGAACAUAGAAUCAGGGAGCUGGAAGGGACCCCAAUGGUCAUCUACUCUAACUCCCUGCAACGUAGGAAACUCAGCUAAAGCAUCCAUGGCAGAUGGCCAUCCAACAUCUGCUUAGAAACCUCCAAGGAAGGAGAGUCCAGAACCUCCUGAGGGAGAUCCAUCUUCCAUGUAUUAUAAAAAGUAAGCAACACUUAUUUGACCCCAGUUAUUUGACAUAGAGAGGGAAACCUACAGAUACAGUCCAAAAGGUGCACAGGGAGUUCUGUAUAUAUGGGAUAAUUUUAAAAAGCAAGUGGUCUUCACUGACCUGGUGCAGAAAGAUUUUGUCAUCCAGAGAAGCCCUGGCUACCUAUAUAAAACACUAUAGCCCCACAAACCCUUACUUGGUAGUAAGGCCCAUUGAACUCAGUGUGGCUUUCUUCUGAGUAGACAGUUAUUUACUACAGGCAAGUCAGCAGCACCAGACGACUCCGCUCGGCUGGGCGCUGUGGUGCAUUUUACUCUGUGCCUUGCAGAGCCAGGCCAAUGCUGUUGACAGGCCCUGUGCUCCUUGGCAACAUCCAAAGGCCCUGAUCCAUUUGGCGCUGGGGUAGAUUGCACCCUGCGCCUUGCUGAGUCAGGCCCAGGCUGCCAGCGGGCCCAGCACUGAUUGGUGGCAGCAACAAACAGCUCCUGCUCUCUCAGCCCUACCUAUUGCCACUCCACCCCUGCACUUACCUGACCUGGGGGUUCUGAGAGGAAACAAACGAGGACUGCUCCAAGAAAAAGCACACGGCAAAAAAUAGUGCUACUUUUUUGCGGAUAGCCAGCCAAUCAGGAUUUAUUUUUAUUAAAAGCGUGAUUUCCCCCCUCACUUCUCACUUCCCUCUGUGGCCCCCAGCCUCGUGCUAUGACACCCCCCCCCCAAUUUACAUGAUUUUCACCUGUAUCCCCCUUGGAAUAUCCUGGGGGGGGGGCAGCUGGGAAACACUGGUUUAAGGUGCAUACCAACAAUCCCUUGCAGUGUGGUUGGGGAGAUUUAGGUGCAACUCCUGGAGUAUGUGCUGCUACCAGGAGUGCAGGAGUUGUAUCAACCUUGUCCUUGAAGAAGGUGGAAAAACCUGGAAACAUAAGACAAUUACUGAUGUCAUGGAAUGGGUUACUAAUAGUAUUACAUAUGCUAAGCGAACUACUAAAGCAUAUUUAUGAAAUAAGCAUUCACGCUACUGGACCUAAUGGUCAGGGGUCCCUUUACCUUUCCCUAUAUAUAAUUAUAUAUUUGCUACUUUUACUGAAAUGAGAAAGUCAAGUUACACACAUAAGUGCACUAAUUUACCUGUUACAUGGCAUACAGCAGGACAAUGAACCAUCUAAUGCAAGAGCUGGGAACUAGCUCACCAGCCUCCUGCCAAAAAUGCCAUCCUGGGAAGCAAACCGUGUUUUGCAUAGUGGGAGUCAGCUGUUACAGCAAUAACCCUGGCCAGUUCUGCCUCAGAUCCCACCCACUUUCGGCAUGCAGCUUCUAAACAUUUGGUAUUAGGCAAUGUGACCCUUGAAGAAAGAAAAGUUCCCAUCGCUGAUGUAAAAUGUUGGUUCAUUAAAACUCAUUGCUCAAGGGAGUUUGUUUAGAGAUAGCUAUGGGCCUAGAACUUUCCAAAAGCAAAGGCUUCUAGUUUUGGAUCUUCUGUCUUAAUAAGAUAAGAAGGAGGUGUGCUUUGUUUAUAGUUAAUAACAGUUUGCAGUUUUAUAACAGAUUUAUAUAGCAAUUAUAUAGAAGAUUUCAGAGCUCAGGUAUUGAAAGAUUAUAAAAACAGGAGGAUAGCUCAUGUUGGUACAGUGGGAUGAACUUUCUCAUGACAGGAUAGCAUCUCAUGGAGCCAGGUGCUGGAUUCUAGUACCUAUGAUGAUUUCUCAGUCCCUGGUCCCCAGUAUUGACUCAUAAUAACAAUAUGACCUAAAGUGCUGUAUUUGUAGUGCUUCAUCUCAUUCCUAUGGUUCAAUAUUUAUAUAGAAAAGCAGAAAUUAACAAGCAUGAUUAAUAGAAAGCUACUGAUUUGGAUUUAAGGGAUGGGUGUAAAUUAACAUGUUUCAUUUUAACCAGGAUGUUAAAAAAUCCUUUGAAGUUUUACAUUUCUUGAGCCAUGUGCUAGAGGAGCAGAAGGGAAACAAAAUCUUGAGUUACGUAAUAGCUUUAUGUGCAUUAUUUAUUAAGCUGUGCUGUGGCUGCUACAUUUUCUUGCUAGCCCAUAGUGAAAACAACGCCUCAGAGAAAAUAUUGUGUUUCUUGGUUGAUACCACCCUACUUGAGAUGAUUCACAUAUAUGGAGAAGCUGUUGCCUGAUAGUGAAAAAUAUAUAAAAACCAGUUUCAAUAAACAAAAACACAAAACUUUUUCAUACAGUUAUGGAAAUAAAAAAGAAAAUGCAAUUUAAUUUCAGGGUUUUUUUAUUUGUCUAUUUAGAGCUGGAAAUACAGUUUGUCUCCAAAACCUUUACUAAUAACUUAAAUAUUCACAUGUCUAUGGUAGGCACCUGUUAUUUCAGCUGUAAUAGGACAUAGGGCUUCAUGCUGACGGUCAGUCUGGUUCCAUGACUGUUAAUUAUAAGCUUUUCCUAACACCAUCGUAGGAAUUUUGGAUGGCUGAUGGUGUGGUGCAGUUAGAGCCACAGCUCUUCAGUUAUGCCAUCUUUAACGUUACUGUAGUUAUAUGAUAUUUUAUGUUUAUUACUUGAUGAGUUAACUGGCAAAUGAAGGAGAGUGGAAGGGGGAUGUAAAUAAGAUGACAAGGCCCUCUUUCACACUUGUUUCUAGCAAGUGCUGGAAGGGGCACCAAGGCUGGCAACUAGAAACUCAAAUAAGCUCUUGGGACCCCUAAUUUUCUUUUCUUUUUUUUUAAAAUAAUGUUUAUUACUUUUAUAGAUUACAAAAAGAGAAAAAAGAGAAAAAAACAGAAAAAAAGACAAAGAAGGAAAACAAAAAGAAAAAAAACCAAUACAAUAUAUAAACAAUGCAAAACACAACCUAAACUCAAAAACUAAACAUGUUAAACUAAACUAAACAAACCCCACUAAACUAAACAAACCCCACUCCCUAACCUUAGCCCUAAAUGGAACAAAACAAAAACAAUUUUAAAAAACAAAAAACAAAAAAAAUACAUCCACUCUUUUCCGUACUCUAUCUUUCAUUCCCUUGUUUCCUCGACCUCCUCUCACCUCCCUUUUUGUAUUCCACUUCAUUUAAUUGUUUCAGCAAAUCCUUUCCAUCUUUUCUCCAUUUUCUAUCAUAUUGUAAAUAACGUAUUUUUUAACCUUAUUUUCCAUUUAAACUAAAAUACUUAUAUAUACUUAUCUCCUUAUAACAUUCCUGCUAAGCCCAUAAAAAGUCAUUCCACCGUUUUUCUAUCACUCAUUAGUUUUACCAUAAGUCUAUAUAUAAACUUUAAAUUUUCCAAUCUUCUUCCACCAUCUCCUCUCCCUGGUUUUGGAUUCUGCCAGUCCGUUCCAUCAAUUCCAUAAAGUCCAUCAACCUGGUGAUCUUAUGUCCGAGGCUCUUAACUCUUUUCCAGGUCCCUUCUGCAGAUCUUCUUCAUUUUCUUUAAUGCUAAAAAGCAAAUCUCGGGGAAACUCCAACCUGUCAAUCCUUUUCUUCCUUCUGAACAGAUCAGCCAAAUUUCCAUAGUUAAAGCUACAGUUCAUAAAGUAUUUCAGGGCAUAUUUCAAGAUUCCUCCAAGUCCAAAGGCCUCCAAAACUUCAAUCUCCUCCAAGCCUGAGUCCAUGUCCCAAAAGUCAAUUAAUCCCUGCAUAGAGGGAUCUUUCCAACUUUCCUUCUUUCGUCCAAGCUGGGGUCCAUUCCUCAGAGUCUGACUUUUCCUAGAUUCAAUCAUAGAAGGCCUCAACUUAUAGUCCUCAAUUUGCUUCUGUGAAGCCACAAAUCUCACUUGUACUACUCCAUGUUCAACUUUAUAUUCAACAACAGCAACAUUCUCCUUCUCCUCCUUCUCCUCCACCAUUUGUCCUGCCAAAAUGGAUUCCUGUAGCAAGUCCUGAAUUAUUUCUGUGUUGAUGUUCGCUUUUUGACUCAAAUUAGUCACUUUCUGUUCCAAAUUAUCAACUUUAAAAGUCAUGUCAUCCAUCUUCUUGUGAAGCUGUCCCAGCGAACAGCUUAUCUUACAUAAAACAGUCACAAUGGCCUCUCCUGUCAACAUUUUUAAAUAGUCCAAGGUCGCUCUCUGGUUCUCAAACUCCUUAUCUGCAGCUGGAAAUUCCCCAGUUACAGUCCUGUUACAGUUUCAAAAGCUCCCUCUAGAGGGAAACAGUCUCCACUUGUAUCAGUUCUUUCAAGCAGAACUUCAAACAUGAAAGAUAAAAUUUCAGUUACUUUUCCUCUUUUUUAAACGCAGAGAAGGACAAUGGAAACAGUAUCUUGCUCUUAUUUAGCUAGCUGUCAAAUCCGUUCUGUCAAUUGCACUCUCUCCAAACGUCAUCUGGCAGCCCGUUUCCCAGGUUCAGAGCAGUGGUAAUUUGAUUUUUCACUCUCUCCUGCAGGUUCACUAGGUCCAAGAUUUACCCCUCUUCUCCUGCUUCCAAGGGGGGUUUUGUUUUUUAAAUCGAUGGAAAUUUAAUCCUUUGCCAAAAGCUUUCAAAGACUUUAACUUGUAACGUCUUUGCUUCAGUCUAUUUACAAAAACGGGAGGCGGACUUCCUGUUUAUGACCUCCCGCUUCAGUGCCAAAUUAAAGUAUUUAAAAAUCCAAUUUUCCAAUUUACUCACGAGUUGUUGUUUAUAAUCGAAUUUUCCACAGGAAAAAGUCAGCGCUCUCCGGCAACAGCAAUGCGGCUUCACUCCGUGAAAAAAGCAGUCGAUUCAAAGCACCGCGCCAUUCACCCCACGUCGCUCCAGAUCCCCAAAACCGGGUUUCCCCGCGAGUAGGGGAGGCGCAAAAGGUGCCAGCCGAAUCCCACGUUCACAGGCUUCUCCCGCCUGUGGUUUUUAAUGGGUCUCCGCCUCGCCGCGGCUGUCCAGACCCUAAUUCUCACGAGGCGGAUUCCUCCUGGUCAGAGGAAAUCCGCCAUUGCCGGAGGCGCUAACCCGGAAGCCCCCCCUAAUUUUCAUGUCCCAUGGAAGAUUUUGCAUUAGGUGUCCUGGUUCAUGACUUCCAGUUCCAUUAAUCUGCUGAAUGAGUGAGAGAUAACUUGCCUGGCUGCCUGGUAUUUAAAUUCAAUUUGUGUUUUGCAGCAUUAUUUUCUUUUCUUUUUUUUUUUUUUAAAUAAUUUUUUAUUAAGGUUUUAAACAAAGAAAAAAGAAAAACAACACACACAAAAAACAAUACAAAACUUAACAAUAAAAACAUAAAACAUAACAAUUAAAAACAAACUCUCUUUUCCAUUUCCAAUUUUAAAUUACUUAUUUUCUGGACUUCCUCAUACCUCCCUCUUUUGUAUUCCAAUCCACAUUAUUUGUCCAGCAGUUUCUUUUCCACUUUUUAUCCCAAUCUUUAAUUUAAUAAAAUGUUAAAAUAUAUAACUUCAACUUUUUUAAACCUAAUCCUUACUCUUAAUGUCAUAUAGCUUUAAAUUUUUCCCUUUUAUUAUCAAAUUUCCAUUUCUUUAAACAUCUUUAAUCUUAAUCUUUAAUCUUAAUCUAUCCUUAACUUUAACCUGUACAGCUGGAAACCACUUAUUUUCAAUCCAACAUCACUCUAACAUUCCUUAAUUUUGCAGUGUUUCUGAAGAUAGUCUUUGAAUUUCUUCCAGUCUUCCUCCAUCGACUCUUCUCCCUGGUCACGGAUUCUGCCAGUCAUUUCCGCCAAUUCCAUAUAGUCCAUAAGUUUCAUCUGCCAUUCCUCCAGCGUGGGAAGUUCUUGUGUCUUCCAAUACUUUGCGAUGAGUAUUCUUGCUGCUGUUGUUGCAUACAUAAAGAAAGUUCUAUCCCUUUUUAACACCAUUUGGCCCACUAUGCCCAGGAGAAAGGCCUCUGGUUUCUUGGGGAAGGUAUACUUAAAUACCUUUUUUAAUUCAUUAUAUAUCAUUUCCCAGAAAGCCUUAAUCUUUGGGCACGUCCACCAAAGGUGAAAAAAUGUACCUUCAGUUUCUUUACAUUUCCAACAUUUGUUAUCGGGCAAGUGAUAGAUUUUCGCAAGCUUGACUGGGGUUAUGUACCACCUGUAUAUCAUUUUCAUAAUAUUCUCUCUUAAGGCAUUACAUGCCGUAAAUUUCAUACCUGUGGUCCAUAACUGUUCCCAGUCAGCAAACAUGAUAUUAUGUCCAAUGUCCUGUGCCCAUUUAAUCAUAGCCGAUUUUACCGUUUCAUCCUGAGUAUUCCAUUUCAGCAGCAAGUUAUACAUUCUUGACAAAUUCUUAGUUUUGGGUUCUAACAAUUCUGUUUCUAAUUUGGAUCUUUCCACCUGGAAGCCAAUUUUCCUGUCCAAUUUAAAUGUUUGCAGCAUUAUUUUCUACUUUUUGCAAGAAACAUUAUUAUGGGGCACCAAUAAGAGAAUAUGCCCAAAGGGAUCAUAUUCUAUUGUUUAAUUUCAUUAUUGAAAGAUAUAUUUUAUAGUGUAUAUUUGAAAGAAGGGAUGGUAAAGUUGCUGAGACAUUACAUUUAAGAAGGAAAUGUGUGUCAUGAAGCUGUUUGUAGAAAACUGAUAAACAAUCUUUACUUGAAUCAGUAAACAUAGUUUUAUGUCUGUUUCAGAUGGAGCAAAUAAAAAGGGCAAAUAAACUGUUCACCAAUGACUGUAUAUUUCUGAGAAAAACAUUGAAUAUCCCUGUUAUAUCUGAGAAGCCUUUGCUGUUUAAUGGACUUAACUCAUUGGAGUCCCCAGAGAAUGAAGCUGACACCCCCUCUUCUUGUGAAGAUGGACCAGUGACAGUUCAGGAAGACAACUCUUCACCCAGUCCUCAAGAGCCUGACAAUCAGCUCCCUCCACCUGAAGAAUUAUCUGCCAAAGAUUUUCUACAUAGACUGGACUUGCAGAUUAAGAUGUCCAAGCAGGCAGCUCGGAAACUAAAACCUGAAGAUAACAGGUAAAGAAAAAAGAAAACUGCAUGCUUAUUUAGACACAUUUUGAGGGCUUGAUGUGGAUAAUACUUAGAACAGUAGUAUACAAAAAAGAGAGUUACCCACUAAAGCACAGUGCCGUUGGAAAGAAAAUUUUGAGAAUAUUCAGGAAGUUCUAGUAUUUGAGCUUCCAUGUUACAGAUUUAGUUAGGCAAAUUCCAGAUACUUUGAUCAGCUCAGUGGCUAAAAUUUUACACACACACACACACACACACACACACCCUAGAGAACUGAAGUAAUUCCGUUUUUUUUAUUAUUAUUAAAUUUCACUUAGAUAACCAAAAGAAAAAAAACAAAACAACAGUUACAGAAAAAAGGAAAAAAAGAAAAAAUAUCCAUACAUAACACAAAAAUAACAUAAUAACAAUUUCCGUUACAGUUCCUUGUCUUAUUCCUUGAAUCUUUAUAUCUUUACAUGAUUAGGUCUUUUCUCUCCACACCUAUUGACCUCCUUCCCUCCUGAUUUCAGGCUUCUUAAUCAAAAAUUAUUUCUUUUUUCUGCAGCUAAGAGUUGUUAUGGUUUGCACGUCAUAAGAUUUAUAUCAAACCUGCCGUAGUUUUUAAGUUUCUAUAGGUUCCUUCAAUAUAUGCCAUAAAUUUAUUCCAAUAGCUAAUAAACUUUGUAUUUUUUUGGUUUCUAAUUUUUUGCGUCAUUUUUGCUAGUUCAACAUACUCAAAUAAUUUUGUCUGCCAAUCUCUGACCGUUGGGGUAUUUGGACUUUUCCAAUUUUGUGCAAUUAAUAUUCUGGCCGCUGCUGUCGAAUAUUGGAAUAGUGUUUUAUCCUCUUUUUUAAUUUCAUCCCCAAUUAUUCCUAAUAGAAAGGCCUCUGGUCUUUUAGGGAAAGUGUAUUUAAAUAUUUUCUUUAACUCAUUGUAAAUCAGAUCCCAAAAUUUCUUCAUUUCCUCACAAGUCCACCACAUAUGGUAGAAAUUGCCCUCUUUAAUUUUAUACUUCCAGCAGGCCUUAUUUCCUGUUUUGUACAUUUUUCCUAAUUUUACUGGUGUGAUGUACCACCUAUACAUCAUCUUUUCUAAAUUUUCUCUACGUGUGACGCGUGCCGUAAAUUUCAUUCCACAACUCCAUAAUUUCGACCACUUUUCAUAUUCUAUGUUGUAUCCCAGGUCCAUUGCCCAUUUUGUCAUAACCUCCUUUAUUUCUUCAUCUUUAGUGUCCCAUUCCAAUAAUAUGUCAUACAUUUUGGAUAAUAACUUGGUUUUGCCUUCAAUUAUUUCAAUCUGAAAUUUAGAUUUUUUCUCACUUAUCCCUACUUUUUUGUCUUCCAUCCAUAUUGCGUUUAUUUGAUGAUACUGCAGCCAGCCUGUUAAUUUGUCUUUCAACUCUUCAUAUAUUCUCAAUUUCCAGCCACUUUCUGAUCUUAUCAGUAGGUCUUCGUAGGUCAGUCUUUCUCCCUCCAUAUUUGCUUUUUUGGUUGUUAAAUUGUCGAUUGGUGAUAACCACCAGGGUGUUUUCCAUUCUAAAAGUUUUUUAUUUUUCUCCCAAACUUCAUAUAGUGGCCCUCUAAUAAUAUGACUUGAAAACCCUUUAUGUACCUUUUCUUUAUUUAGCCACAAGUAGGCAUGCCAACCGAACCUAUUGUUGAAACCUUCUAAGUCUAACAGGUCAGUGUUUUCCAAAUUAAUCCAAUCUUUAAUCCAGCAAAGGCAGGAGGCCUCAAAGUAUAAUUUCAAAUUUGGCACCGAGAAUCCCCCUCUUUCUUUUCGAUCUGUAAGUAAUUUGAAUCUAAUUCUCGGUCUUUUCCCUUGCCAUAUAAAUUUCGAAAGAGUUUUCUGCCAAUUCUUAAACAUUGUGGAACCUCUAAUCACAGGGAUGUUUUGAAACAAGAAUAACAUUCUUGGGAGCACGUUCAUUUUUACUGCCGCCAUCCUUCCCGACCACGAAAGUUUCACUCUAUUCCACGUAUCUAGAUCUUUUUAAAUUUCCUUCCAAGUUGUCAAAUAAUUGUCCUGGAUUAAAUUUAUAUUUUUUGUAGUUAGCCAGAUUCCCAGAUAUUUUAUUUUUUUGGCCACCUUGAUUCCAUUCUGUAUCUCUAAUUUUUCUCUUUCGUCUUUUCCCAGAUUUUUAGUCAGCAUUUUUGUCUUUGAUUUAUUCAAUUUAAAACCGGAUAGUUUGCCAUAUUCUUCUAAUAUUUCCAGGGCCUUACUGACACUUUUUUGCGGCUCUUCUAGGGAUAGCAUCAAAUCAUCCGCAUACGCUUUUAGUUUGUAUUCUUUUGUUCCUACUUGAAUCCCUCGAAUCUUUUUUAAAAACUUUGAGAAAAGCAAAAGUACAAAAGACCAAAGACCUGUCCAGAGUUUAAUCUUCCUGCCUUGCCCUGGUCUCAGUGAUACUAAUGAGAUUGGCCUCCUCAUCCACAAUCAGAUCAUGGAUGAGGGAGAACUUGUUCAGAAUCAACCCACCAUUCAACAGCAGCAGCCACAGCAGACCUGAGGGCUGGCACACAGCACAGUCACUAAUUGCCUGUGCUAUGUGUCCCUUCAUGCACCAAACCUACCCUGAACCACUGUGAUUGCCCCUCCGCUCUCCCAGCUCCUCCCAGGCACAUUUCACCUCCUUCAAUAAAAAAGACAACAGUUAAGAUAAUUGUAGCAGCCAUCAUCAUCAUCAUUUAUUUAUUUCUGUUGUUGUUCAGUCGUUUAGUUGUGUCCGACUCUUUGUGACCCCAUGGACCAGAGCACGCCAGGCACUCCUGUCUUCCACUGCCUCCCGCAGUUUGGUCAAACUCAUGCUGGUAGCUUCGAGAACACGGUCCAGCCAUCUCGUCCUCCGUCAUCCCCUUCUCCUUGUGCCCUCAAUCUUUCCCAAUAUCAGGGUCUUUUCCAGGGAGUCUCCUCAUGAGGUGGCCAAAGUAUUGGAGUCUCAGCUUUAGGAUCUGUCCUUCCAGUGAGCACUCCGGGCUGAUUUCCUUAAGAAUGGAUAGGUUUGAUCUUCUUGCAGUCCAUGGGACUCUCAAGAGUCUCCUCCAGCACCAUAAUUCAAAAGCAUUAAUUCUUUGGCAAUCAGCCGAAUAAAGGGUAUUUAUUUAUACCCUUCCCACUUGACUGGGUUGCCCCAGCCACUCUGGGUGGCUUCCAAGAUAAUAAAAACACUGACUAUCUGUUUGACGUCUGAUUGCAGAACAUUCCACAGGGUGGGUGCCACUACUGAGAAGCUGCCAGUUGCACCAAUACAACUUGUGCACCAACAAGGCCAGGAGCAAAUUUUUCACCCUUUUCUUCCCUUCUCAGGGGGAUGACAGGGCUCUCCCUCUCUCUUCCUUUCCCUCCCACUCCAGAGUGUAGCAGUGCAGAUUUUUGCAAGCAUCUCUAUGGCCUCAUUCAUUCUUGACCUUUUGUUAAUGCACAGUAAUUAUUUCCUUGCUCAGGGCAGCAGUUCUUCUAUUUCUUCUGUGCCUUUGUAUUUUACUUUUGCCUUUUUUAUUUUGAUAAAAAUUAAAGGAGUGCAUUUAGCUUAUUUUUAGAAAUUCUUUUAGUAAAACAAAACACUCUUUGCGGAAAGGUUGCAAUAAUUUAGUUCAGUUCCUUUGACAAAUGCAAUCCUCCCCCCCAUCCUUCUGUGAUACAGUCCAUUUGGCAGGUGGCUAAGUUUGAAUUACAGUUCUAAAAAUGACAUUUGUUCUGCUCGAUAGGGACACUGAAAGAUAUUUAAUUUUAUUCUUUUAAUUUUAUUUAAUUUUAUUUGUUGGCCAAAACCAUCUUCCUUUUGUGAUAUGUUUUGCUGUUUUCUUAAUAUACGCAGGGUGUAUGUAUGCCAUAAUUCCAUGGGAUCAUUGGGAGCAUAGAAAUAGCCUAGAAUGUAGAGGUGGGAGCAGAAUUCAGUUUCCUGACGUAGCUGAAUAUGAUUUCAAAUAUUGUUGGAAGGACUUAAUUGUCCUUGCCCCUGCCAUGAUUAGCAAAGCCAUAAUAAAUUGUGCAAAGUAGCAAGAACUGCUGCCCAGAAGCAAUCACUACUUAAGGCUGCAACAAAUAGAAAGGUUGCAAGCCCAUGCCAUAAGUGCAGCUGAGAGACCAGCAACUUUUGCCAUCUCUCCUGGAAGUUUUUCACCCCAGCUUGUCAUUAGAAAAACUUGUAACUAAGAAGCUGUACUUGCAUCUGCAUAUUUCUUAUUUGCUACUGAUCUAUUUUUUUCCUUUUGUGGUAUGUUUUUGUAGAUUGUAAACCUGAGGCCAGGGAUUAUAUUUUAUUUCAUUUUAUGUAGACAACAUAUAAAGUCAUACCUUGAUUCUCUAACACCUUGUGACUCGAACGUUUUGGCUCCUGAACACCGCAAACCCGGAAGUAAGUGUUGCGGUUUGUGAACUUUUUUUGGAAGCUGAACGUCUGACGCGACUUCCAAUUGAGUGCAGAAAGCUCCUGCAUCCAAUCGGAAGCCGCACCUUGGUUUUUGGAAGUCAAAUGGACUUCCAGAAUUGAUAGCGUUCGAGAACCAAGGUACAGCUGUAGACUUCUCACUGUAUACAAAAUGCUUGUGGGCUCGCUUGAUACAUUGCUGCUCGAAAAUUGUGAAGAUUUCCUACAAGGAAUGACCAUUCUGCUACAUUCCUUGAAUGCUUUACUUUGUGGAGUAAAUUUUAUAAGCACCUGGAAACAUUUUCACAAGCUUUCUUUUUUCUCAACAGGGAGGACGAUGAGGAAAACUCCUAUGCAACUUCUUCUUAUCAGCAGCAGUAGAAGAUGACUGAAGAGCUGGAAUCAAAACUGUUCUUAAAGAACUAAAUAUCUGAGGAUUCAAAAGCAAACCUUUUGGAUUGAUUUAUUAUCGUGUACUUGUUACAAGUCGUAUAUAGGUAAUUCCACUAUACUUGCACUAAAAUUAUUUGACCUUCGCCUUCUGCAGGCCAAUGUCCUUUUACUAUACAUUAAUAAAGGAAGUGAUCCUUCCAAAACUAGUAAUUGCCUUCGUAUUUCCGCUAUGAAAAUAUAUCCCUGAGACAACUCUGAAUCAGGAUCGUUAGGAAACAGCUGUAUAUACUUAUAAGAUAAAGUGUAAGGAAGAUUAAGUAUUUAUGAUGAAAGUCAUUAUUAUGGAGCCUUGAGAUAGAUAAGCCUGUCAUGCAGAUUUUGUGCAUAUCGGAGCUGAUGGAUACAGCUCUGAAUAUUUUUUUCUCCAUGUGUGUGUACAUGUGUCUUUAUACAGAUAUAAAAAUAUGUAUAGAAAGAUAUUUGUUCUUAAAAUGAACCAGUUUUAACUGUUUUGGAAAUCAGUUGAGAUUUUAAAGUAUGUAUGGCACAAUACCUUGCUCGGAGACUUUUUUAAACAAAGGGAAGAACCUUGGUAAAAAAUGUAUUUUUCUUUGUGUCAGGGUAAUGUUCGAAACAUAGAUACUUGUGUGCAGAUAUAUGUAGUUUUCAUGUAAUAAAUGCAAAAUGCACUUUAAGAAAGUGAACUGUCUUUGUUUUUCAGCCUAUCUGUAUAGAAAAUACAGAAUGUCUGGUGCUUUGCAAAUACAUUUCAAAAAUAUGCUUUUCUGUUUCAUUUGAGUGUAUUAAAAUUUCCAAAGCUGUC